CGCCGCAUCCUUCCCACGUGGGGGCCGCCUGGCUGCAGGAACAGAAAGUGCUCGGCUUGCGUUCACCUUCAGCCCUUUUAUCUGAUCACAGACCUGCAUGGGGGCGGGCGGCCGACAUGACAGCGGUGAAGGAGAUCGAGCUCAUCAGGGGCCCCUCAGGUCUGGGGUUUAAUAUUGUGGGUGGCACAGACCAGCAAUAUGUCUCCCAUGACAGUGGCAUCUAUGUCAGUAGCAUCAAGGAGAACGGAGCUGCGGCAGUGGAUGGCAGGCUGCAGGAAGGGGACCGGAUAUUGGAGGUAAACGGUAUAAAACUCGAAAAUCUCUUGCAUAAGACGGCAGUGGACCUCUUCAGAAGUUCUGGUGACCACGUGGUGCUAAAAGUUCAACCCCAGAAUCAUCUUAAUGGCCCUUUGGGAGGUAGAAGUGAUAGAGACUCUGAGGGGACGUCGCUGGUGAUGGUUGUGGUGCCCAUCAUUCUAGCUACUCUGGCCAUCUAUGCAUUUGUAAAAUUCCGACAACGUUCAGCGCGAUUCUAAACGCGCCAAAGUCUGCGUAUACUAAGAAGAUAAACGAAUGCACCCAUACAUACAUCCGCUAACCUCCCCGAGAUACCUCCACAGCGUCUGCUCCCUGGGAAUAUAGUCAACUGCUUGGAGUGGUACAAACCCCAGGAGUAUUUGGAGUACAAUCAUUGUAUGGUAUCUUGUGUUAUCCUUACUACACGCCAACUGUACCUGUCCUAUCAAUUCAUAUGAAAUAAUUUUUUUUAAUUUUUUUUUUUUUAUUUUUUUUUGUAAAUGUCACAUCUAUUUAUAAUUUUUUCCAAAUUCAUUUGGGAGGAAAAGUGGCCUGCCAAUAUAAGGUACGGUAUGUGCUUCUCUGUUCUGAACGACAAGGGAUGGAGAACAUUGUUUUUGUAGGAAACGGUGACUACACCAGGAGCGCCUGCACAGACUCGCCUUUGGGUGAGGGCAUCUGUAAGAGGCGCAGUGGGCAAUUCUGCAUCCUGCCCAAGUGCAGUAGGGACCUCCGCAUCCCCAUGACUCCUUCGAGAAGGGGCUCUUCUCCUUCCUAGGAGCCAUGACUGCAGUUCAGAGGGCACAGUGAGGAGGUUCAGGCAAUUUAGUAGAUGCAUACAAAGGCCUGUCCUAGUGAUAGGUUUAAUACCCCAUGUGCCCAUGGUAUCUGGUGGUUGCUGUUGACCAGGAUGUCCAGUCUAAAAGCCUAAUACACCGUUUAGAGGCUGCAGGCAGCAUUCACUGAUUGUACUCACCCAAAAAUACUUAUAUUGUCUCUUAUGUGUCCAAGGGGUUGUCGGAGUGUUUAAUAAUGAUGACCUAUCCUAAGGACAGGUCAUCAUUAUCUGGUGGGGGUCCGACUCCCAACACCUCCGCUGAUCAGCUGUGGCCUCCUCGCAGCUUACCAAGCACAGCUCCAUCCAUUCUAUAGUUGCUGUGCUUGGUA